AAUACUUUUAUUUUUUGAAGAGUGCUGGUAUAAUCAAAGCGUUAUUAAUCGGAUCACAUAUCAUCGUGAAUCCAAGGUUCGUCUCUCCCCGAGUUCUGGCGUUGCGCUUGGGCGCUCGACCUGAUGGUUACCAUUGCAUUGCACAACAGCGGCUGCGGGCUAGCUGCUCAUCCCACAUGCAAAUUGCCAGCUGGUAUGAGCGUAUGUGUGGACUCUUUUACAUGCGUGCAAUCAAAAUGACCGCGCCAGCUGUGCGUACGCUGAUGACGUACGCUUACGCAAAGCACAAAGCUGUUUUCGUAUGCAUAAUAAAACACGCAAGCUGCCAACAAAGCACUUGCCAGGCGUACAUUACUCAUUAGAUCUGUGUAGCUUUGCUGUUCAUGCUGCUUGUGUAUUUGCAACGUCAUGAUACUGACAGUCACUCACUGGUUGGGAGCAAUAAGAGGGUUUGAUUUCUGAUCUUCAGCUUUCUCAAACUCAACUCAAUUUUCAAUUUUCAUCAGACAUAAUCAGAGUCUCAAAUUGAUGCAGUUUUGAAUUGAGUAUGCCAACAAGCGAAAGAUUGCUGAUUCCUGAAUCAUCCUGUUCUACAGGUAACUUCUCUAUUCUCUAGGAAAAUACAAGAUCGAGGCCUAACCUGCCUAUAACCGUAAAGGUUUACUAGGGCCGCAUUGCAGUCUAAUGUAGGCGUACACUCCACUACUGUUCUAUCCACAACCACAUGACAUUGAUUUGGAAUUUCCUUGGUUGACAGCGUGGCACAUUUAAAAAACAACAAGAGUAACCAGCUGGAUUGGAUGAUAAAAACUUAGUUUUGCAGUCUUGAGAAGAACGUCACUGCAUUCUGCUCCCCAAGCCAGGUUAAAAUUAUGCACUUAGCCUUACUGAAAGGAUUGUCUAAUUAAUCGCUGUUAUUGUCCUCUUUGUCUGACAUCACAAAGAAUAGAAUUUAGAGAUGGAAAGACCAAGAAAAUCAAAUAAAAUGUCAUCCAAUGUUAGACCUCGCAAGGGGGGUGAUGGGCACCUGGCAAAAUUUCAACCAUCUUGGAAUGAACUGUUCCCAUUCAUCCAGCCAGUUGAGGAUAGACACUUUUUCUACUGUGCAGCCUGCCAGAAGACUGUGAAAUGCUACCACCAAGGCCGCUUUGAUCUGGUCCGCCACAUGAGAGGCAAUCGACACAAGCUCAACAUGAUAGCUGCCAACAUCAGCUCGGAGGUGACACCAGAGAUACUUCGAAAGGCAGAGUUCAUGAAUUUCCCGACGAAGUACCUCUAUGAAUUCUUAUCCGAUGAAGUGGCCAAUCGGCUUCCCAUCUUAGAAAGGUCUAGACUUGAAGGUCGGGCGCGAACAUCACCAGCAUCGGCACCUGGCAGAAUAGCCCCCAAAUCAGCAGCAGUAGUGUUCCCAUCUGAUGGAUUUUAUCAAGAUGUCAGAAAGGAUUUACCAUGUCGUAAGACUCAGCAGGAUGAAAAUGACAGUUAUGGCUCUGAACCUGAAGAUUGGCAAGAAAGAGGUCCAGAAGAAGUAGAUCAGUUUGAUUAUGUUUUCGCAGAAGAGGUGCAUUUAAGUGGGUCUGAUGGCGAACUGGACGAUCCUUCACAAAUGAUCAAUAGUCCAGAGAUGGAUGUUCCUAAUGAUGAUGUUCCAGGGGCUUCCAUCAAGAUGGACCUAGUACAACAGGCAGUCAGGAGCAAGUAUGUGGUAAUAAAUGAGAAUAUGGAGUGUAAUGAGCUUCCAGUGACAACAGCACACUCCACCCAUCAAAGCAUCGAAACAGAGCACUCCGGAGAAGAUCAGCCCACAAGAACCUGCAUCAAGUUGGAGCAAGAUGAUGAUUCCUUGAUACGUCCUCAGGACUACGAGAUAAUGACCAAUGCUCCUGUACCAAAGUCGUUGAGUACCAAGCCAGAUAGACACAAGAAUGUCAGAAUGCAGAGAAAUGGCAUGGGUGAUGGCCCAAACACCAUGCAGUUUAAGGAACGUCGGUUGUAUCAGGCUCAUUCUGAUGGGAUGCAAAUGUCCAAUCAUAGCAAUAUGAGAGAAAAAGAGGAAAUGUCAAGGUCAAACCCUUAUGAAAUGAUUAAGGAGCAUCCAAGGUCCUUGAUUCCAGAGCUUCUUAAGCAGUUCUAUGGGCUUGGCUGGGUCACAGGGACAGGAGGUGGAAUCUCUAUCAAAUACGGUGAUGAAAUCUUCAUUGCGCCCUCUGGAGUCCAAAAGGAAAGAGUUCAGCCAGAGGAUUUAUUUGUGACCAAUCUCCAAGAAGAGGACGUGAGUGGACCACCGCCAAGCAAGAAACUAAAGAAGAGUCAAUGUACUCCACUCUUCAUGAGCUGUUACACAUUAAGAGGAGCUAAAGCGUGUAUCCACACCCACUCCAAGAAUGCAGUCUAUGCUACUAUGAUGUCACAAGGCUGUGAGUUCAGUAUUACACAUCAAGAAAUGAUCAAGGGCAUCAAAAAGGCAACGACAGGACAAAAUUACAGAUAUGAUGAACGGUUGGUCGUCCCUAUAGUUGAAAACACUCCAUUUGAGAAAGACUUGAAGGGUUCAUUGGAGAAAGCAAUGCAUAAAUACCCAGAUACACAUGCUGUGUUAGUACGUCGUCAUGGUGUCUAUGUAUGGGGAGACUCUUGGGAGAAGGCUAAAACUAUGUGUGAAUGCUACGACUAUCUGUUUGAGAUUGCUGUAGGACUGAAACAACUUGGAAUAGACUAUACAAAAGGACCAGAGGGAGGAAUUGUUGGAUAGCAACAGACAAUCGCUUUCCCUGGUUUGAAACCCCAUACAUCAGAUGGAGUGAACAAUAGAUAGCGGUAUGAUGCGCAUCGGUAGACAAAUAGAGUGUUAUUAGGGGAAAACGUUUCCGAUGCUUUUUCAUGAAGACCCAAACAGCCCCCUCUAUUGUUGCAGGGAUGGAGGGAUUAGAAACGCAAUGUUUGACCUUUGACCUCUCCAAACUGACUUUGUGUAGAAAAGCGUAGUGCAACUGCCAAUAUAUGAUGUACCAUGUACAACUCAAUGCAGCUGUUUUCUGUGCUGCUAACUUGUACGUUUGAGUUGAUCUUUUGAAACUGACAGUAUUUUCACCUUAAACUAUAAAUACAGAGAUUUAUAAGUUAAGAAUUUACACAGAUAAGAGUGUAUAGAUGGAAUGAUUACAAUUGGUUUUGAAGUUUUCAUUUAAAUGUGUUCUUUUUCCUUAGUUUUCUUUUAUUCUUUUAAUACUUAUUGUGUUGACUACUAAAAUGCUACUUGAUUAGUAUUUUUAAUUUGUUAUUCUCAUUUCUGUAUCUGUGUGCUGCAUUUGUUUUCGGAGAUGGUAUUCAUUCUAAUCUCAUUUCUUAUUUUACUACCACUGAGUUUGACAGUACAUUUAUUUUGAAGGGUUCUAGUGCAAAGUCCAUCGAUGUGAUAUUCCCUGUAUGAAUGUUGUGGAAUCUUAGAUUAUUUCCGUAUUUAUACGUAUAUUUUUUGGUUUGAAUAUUAACAAACAAAUAUUUGAUUAACUCUCUUAGUUUAUGAAUUUUCAACUGUUCUGAUGAAAUCAGAUAAACAGAAGAGUUGAUUUUACUUUAUUUUAGUACUUUUUAUUUAUGUUACUUGGAUAAAAAACUGAAUUAUACAGGUAUUUACUUUUUGGGGGUAUUUUUGUGUUUUUUUGUUCGUUGCUAAAACAGCUAAAUUAAAAUGUAUGUAGAAGUACAAGUACCUUGCUGCAGAAAAGUAUUCCUUAUAUGUCUUUAAUUCUUAAAAAAUGCAAUCAAUUGUGAUUUAUUUUGGUGCCUUUUAUCUCUCGCUUGAAUGAAGUUCUGCAGAGACCGAUUAUCACUUUUUAUGUUACAAAAUUUUCCUUGCUGAAGAAAAGUUGUGAACUCUCUUACAGUUUCAACUGCUUCGUGAGACUAGUGAUCAAUCAAACUCUAAUGAAUUUGCCGUGAUGACAAACAUCUUCAGAAAAAGCAUUCCUGUCGGUCUGUUACAAAAGUGACCAUUUCCUUAUAAACUUUGUUUAAACUUUAAACAAAUGAUCAUUAGGUAUUGUCACAUACAUCUAUAUACCUACAAAACUUUCAUCAAGGGUUAUCUUGGGGUCAAAGGGUCAUUUUGCAUGUUUUAUUGAUGGUAAAAUCAGGCAAGACUCUUAGUUCAUGAACCCACCUUGUUUUUAAGUUUCAAGCUUGAUUAUGGCCAGAUUGGCAGCCCACACUUGGACUCUUGAUUGUAAGGUCAAUUUUUAUCCUUGAUUACAUUCAGCAUCACGUUAUGAUAAAAAAAAC